AAAUGACUCACUCAGCUCCGCCUCCUCUGAAACCCUAACUUACGCUGUAAAUUCUCUUAGUGGUCGAAACUCCGAUUUGAGUUGAUUCUUUCUCUAAUGCUUUGGAGUUGAAACGGCGUUUGCGUCUCUAUCAACGAAAAUGAAACGAUGUUUGAGAAAUGGAAAUGGUGUGAAUGAAGACAGGAUCAGUGACUUGCCCGAAGCUCUGCUUCUGCAGAUAUUGUCUAUGCUUCCAGUAAAAGAUGUUGUUACCACUAGUGUUUUGUCUAAACCAUGGAGGUCUCUCUGGAAGUUGGUACCUACACUCAAGUUUGAUUAUGAAAACAAUCAAAGUGAAGAUGAGACAUACUCAGAGAUUGUUUGCAGGCUUUUGCUUUCCAAUAAAGCUCCUUUUCUUGAGAGUUUGCAUCUCGGAUUCAGGUUUGGCGAAUGUCGUUCGGUGGAAGUUGGAAUGUGGAUUGGAAUUGCAUACGCACGCCAUGUGCGUGAUUUGGUACUCCAUGUUGAAUCUGUGAAAGGGUCUUUCAUAUUUCCUACAGGCUUGUAUAACUGUGAAACACUAGAGAGCUUGACACUGAGGAGUUGGGUACUCGUUGAUGUCCCUUCUCCGGCUUGUCUCAAGUCUCUUAGAACUCUGCGUCUUGAGAAUGUGGAUUACAAAUACGAUGAUUCGGUUUAUAACCUUUUAUCUGGCUGCCCUAAUCUUGAAAAUUUGGUUGUGUAUCGAGGAAAUCUACUGGAAGUGGAGACUUUCACUAUUGCAGUGCCAUCUUUACAGAGACUAACAAUUUAUGAUGACAAUGAUGGAGAAUACUGUACGGGCUAUGUGAUAAAUGCUCCUUCAUUGAAGUACUUGAAGAUUGAUGGGUUUAAGGCUCUCGAGUCUUGUCUGAUUGAGAACGCACCGGAGUUGGUGGAGGCAACUAUUAUGAAUGUCUCUAAGAUAAUCAAUGAGAAGCUUUUGGAAACCCUCACUUCAGUCAAACGUCUUUCCUUGGCUUUAUCACCCUUGGAGUUAAAGUUUUCUUGCAAUAAUUAUUCGGGUCACUUGUUGUUAUGACAUUGUUUUUGUGCUAAUAUUGCCUCAUGUAUAAUCAGAUUAAGUUUCCAACUGGUAGCUUCUUCUAUCAGUUGGUAUCUUUGGAGCUAUAUACAAAUAAAGCAGAGUGGUGGAAUCUACUUGUGCUCAUGCUCGAUAGUUCUCCUAAAUUGCAAGUCCUCAAGCUCAUCGGCGUAAGCAAUGUUCAUCUGUCAGCAAAUUUUACGAAUUGGUUUUAAAUUUUGUGAUUGAUCUAAUAAUAGCAUACAUUGUGUUCCCCCUUCGUUGGUCUCAGAAAUUGUCUGGUGAAAACAAUCAUUUAGCCAGUAUGAAUUGGGAUCAACCAAAGAAUAUUCCUGGAUGUUUGUUGUUUAAUCUCGAGACAUUCAUGUGGAAAGGCUGCAAAAGGAUAGGAGAAGAUGAAAAAGAGGUGGCGAAAUACAUCCUAAGGAACACAAAUCGUUUGAAGAGGGCGACUUUCACCAGAGAAAUCUAUGAAGAGAACAAUUCUCAAGACAUGUUUGAGAAUCUUGAAAUGGUGGAGGAAUUGGAAAGUGUGGUCAGAGCUUCAAAGUCAUGCAAGCUUGCGUUCGAAACUAGCUUGUGGUCACUAUCCUAAUAUAUAAGUACAGUAGUGUCUUUUAAUUAUCUGUUUAUUAAUAGGAGAAGUAGUGUCUCCACUUUCUACUUUCCACUUACCACUUUCUAACUUCCUUGUUUCUAGGAUCAAGUUUGCUUCUGUUUUGUAUUUAAAGACGUUCACGUCAAGAAGAGAAUGUUAUAACUGAAAAUUUGUUUUAAAGAAUCUUGUGUUGUUCUUAUGAGCAAUUCUCUUUGGCUUUAAUGAGUGAUCAA